AUGGACUUUCUUCCGCAUCCCGUCGCCGGGGUCGAGCCGCUGGACAUCCCCUUUGUCGCCGACACCCCCUUUGUGUUUGGCACCGACUUUUGGGACUUCCCCAAGCUCCACGGCUUCGGCGACCAGUGGGCCAGCCUCCCGGCCCCGAGGCUGGCGUCGCUGGCGCAGUCAUGGCUGUACUUUGGCACCAUCGCCGAGUUUCUGGGCCGGCCGAUUGAUUACAGGGAAUACAAAGUGUCGAGAAGCGUGUCUGCCCGGCCGUUGAUACCUUUGCUGAACGAGUGGCUCACCUCGCACGCCAUACCCCCAAGGGACACGACCAAACAACCACCACCACCAUCAUCACUAGGGGAAGAAGGAACACAUGACCCGCCCAUCUCGCGCGAGGCAAGGAAACGCCUCAUCUACGAGCACGCCAGGUUUUUGGACGCGGUGGUUGAUCUGGCGGAGGACUUUGACCGCGUCUCGCAGAGCCAUGUCAAGCCGAUUCCGACUAUUGUUCUGUCUAUCAAAGUCCUUUGUACCACGCUCCGGAGUGUACUGUGGGAUUUGGUCCAGGUCGACGCGGAGGACAUGCCCUUGCCCUGGCCGAAGCACGAAAAAGUUGCCACGCUGGAUAGUAAUGGCAACCCUGACAUUUCACCGAGCGCGCAGCUCAUGUUGGAUGUGUUACGGCUGAGGGGGUGGUGCCCGUUCUAUGCACGAAAGGUGCUCACGAGUUACAACUAUGCGAUUGCGUAUUACUUCACGAGGUUGUUUCGGCUGUUUUCUACAGAGACGAGCCAUGAGGGGUGCGAUUUUGAGGAGUGCGUGGCUAGUAAUGCGGACGUCUUCAGCUACGUGCCCAGGCAUAUACGCUAUGGGUGUCAGUGUCAGCCGAUGGGGGUGGGGAUGGAUCAGAUAAGGGGGAUUAUUGAGGAUGGGGGGGUGCCGCUUGUUAGGCUGAGGGGGUCGCUGCAGCGGGGGAUACGACUGGAGGUGGUGAGGAUGACGGCCAGGACGAGGUUUGUGAUUAUCAGUCAUGUCUGGGCGGAUGGGAUCGGGAACGCGAAUGCGAAUGCUAUGCCCGAGUGUCAGUUGAGGAGGGUGUUUGGGUAUUUGAGCAGGCUGAAAGCGCUGAGGGAGGGGGAGGAUGCGGGGGCCGAGUUUAACCUGUUGGGUUCGGUUGAUACGGGGUUUCAGACGGCGGCGAGGAGGAGGCCGAGGUACUUUUGGAUUGAUGCGUUGUGUAUGCCGCCGGUGAGCAUGGGGUUGCUGAGGAUGAGGGCGAUCAACAAGUUGCCGGCGGUGUACCAGGCGGCGGAUAGGGUGUUGGUGUUGGACCCCAACUUGGAGAAGAUAUCGAUUGAGAACUCGGAUACGCUGGAGCAGUGCGCGAGGUUUUCGGUGAGCCCGUGGAUUGGGAGGAGUUGGACGUUUCAGGAGGCGGCGCUGGGGAAUGUGGUUGAGGUUCAGUGUGCUGAUGGGACGUUUAAUGCUCUUUCGCCGAAGCUCAAGCAACCGAGGGCUGUUCCUCCACCCCAGGGGCCACAGCAGUCUGGUUCAACAGCAGGCAUGGGAAGGGAUAUCAGCUUGGCCAUGGUGGCUAGUUUGACCCGGUGCCUGAACCACGAGUUCCGGUCAUCAUUUGCGAACGGUGUCAAGCCGGUCAAGGCCGCGCAUGGGAGAGAGACGCUGGCUCCUGACUUUUGCACAUUGUUUGUACAGGUGUGGAACGAACUGAGCGAGAGGGCAACUACGGUUCCAGGCGACAAGCAUCUUAUAAUCGCGAACCUGCUUGGCUUCAACACGGAGCCACUCAUGAGGCUGAACAAGUCAGCCGAUCGGAUGGCAUGUAUAUUGAGGAGCAUGGAUGGCGUGCCCAUGUCGUUAUUCUUCAACAUGAACGGACCAAGGCAGAGGCCAUCAAAGAACCACAGAGAUCGUUGGGUGCCAUUAUACCCAGCAAAACAGAAACUCACCUUUGGGUCAACAUUUACCAAUCUGCGCAACGUCAAGAACGACUUAUACCUCCCUAAUAACACUGUCAGUCGAACCAAGGUGGCAGUACUGGUAUGCACUGGCCCACCAGACCCCUUUUCGAGCUGCGCCUUCACCGUCCACGACACCACAACAGGUGAUCAAUAUUCCGUCGAAAUUCACCGAGAAGAAGGCGAAACAGACGCCUUUGCAGCCCCUGAUAUUGGCCCCUAUUGCAUAGCCAUCCAGCUCGACAACCCCCUCAUCACAAAACAAAACAACGACAUGCCCGGCCUUGCCGCCAGCCCAGCACAACCCUACCCCGGCGCUUUGUUUCGAGUCCGUCGUGUGGUCACCAACGUCAAAAAGCUCUACUACCACGCCCUCGAAGCUACGUACGAAAAGUCGUUUGAGCUUGUAGAAGAAGACACGUACGACCACUCCAAACCCCCCGAUCUCUCGUCGGACGACAACAUAUCCACCGCUUUCCAGCGUCACCCCCGCGGCCUCCUGAGGACAGUCUACGACUGCCCUCUAACCGUCACCCGCCUCCCCCCUCCUUCGACCCCCAUCAGCCCGUCCUUCCGCCGAGAGGAAAAACAAGCACCCCCUCCCACCCUUGCCUCAGUCCCCCUCCCGGAAACAUGGCAGCUGAUCAUCGAACGGGAACCACCCACCUACCCCCACCCCCUCCCCACCCGGCCCUCUCUCUCCGACGCCCUCACCCCGGUGACGGCGCAUUUGUCAGUCACAGCCCUCGACGGCCUCGUCGCCUCGGGGUGUGUAGGUUUUGGCAUCGCAAUCUGCGCAACAAUGUUUUCUUUUCUAGCGCCCCUGGCCAAGAUGGCGAUUAUCGCUAAGCUGAUCCUUCACUCGCUGUUUCUGAUACAGAUGUUUGUGUUUGCCGGGGUGGAGGUGAGGCUGGUGUGGAAUGUGCUGCAUAUCACUCUGGUGGUGCUGUACACCUUCUCCCGGGCUGCGCAAGGGGGGGCGCAAGUGCUAGACUGGGCGUUUAUUGCCUGGGCGUUUGUGGGGCACGCGGUUGAUUUUGGGGCUAGGGUUGUGAUCCAUAGUGUAGUUGUGCCCGAGCUGUUUGAGCAAUACCUGGCUUCGUUUGAUGAGGGGUAUGACGAUGGGAGUAGGAGGAGGAAAUAUGGGGAAAGGGGGGUGGGGAGGUGGUGGAAGAGGGUGAAGGGGAGGUAUGGGAAGAAGAAGCCAAAGGUUUGGAUGCCUAGGGAUGCCGCCACUGCUGCUGAGGAGGAGGUCACCGGCGGAGGAAGAGGAGGAGAAGAAGUGAGGAGUUCAGAUCAGUACGACUUGCUCUCUGGGGGGACGCAUCAGAGGGAUGGGGAUAGGAACGGUAAUCAUCAUACUACUACUAGUGUGGAGGAGGAUGUGGAUCUGGACUUUUUUGAGCAUGAGCAUAGGCAUCAUGUCGUCUCGGGGGCGUUUUCCAUGGCGGAUGGGUAUGGGCAUUAUGCGAGGCCGCCGGAGGUGCACAUGCUGGGGGUUAUGGAUGGGAGUAAGAGGCAUCAGGGGAGGGGGUAUAGCACGCUUCCUAUUUAGGUUUCGCAUCUUCUAGGGAACAGGGUAGGAUGGGAUUUUUGCAUAUGGGAUUGGAUAGAUAGUAAGCAUGGUUCUGGUUCGAUAGUACAUAUUUGGUUGUCUCAAAAACAGACACCAGCCAUUUCGUAAUGUGAUGAUAUGGUCCAAAGUGAAAGCCAGGAAGGGGUUAUUAAAGAUUGUAUUCCGUCA